AUGAAAUUGAUUUCUUCUUCAUUCUUUUUCUUCUUCUUCGCCGCCAUCGCCGCCAUUGUUGCCGUGUUUAGGAGGAAGGUGUGGGUCUUCGCGUUUGUGGUGUGGGUCUUCGCGUUUCUGCUUCUUCUUCGAGGUCGUGCCUUAGGUCAGGUCACUGACAGAGGUGUGGGCAGAGGAGAUCGUGAUGAUUCUGAUGAUGCUCCACAGCGUCGACGGCCUACUGCAUCCGCACGGAGGCAGCGAGUCGCUGUGACUGUGGAUCACGUCGAUGAGCCAAUCAUCCCUACGCCUGAUGUUCAUGAUGACCCGAUGGAGGCACCAGCUGCUGUAGAGGACAUUCCUGCGGACACAGGCACAGAGGCUGCUGAGGAUGAGCAUCAGGGAUUUCUGGGUGGUCCGAGUGACCCAUCCGUGUUGACCCUGUAUGCGGAUCAUGUUGCUUGCAGCGUAUGGACGGGAGAGGAGCGUCCUGAAUUGAAGCUAUCCUCUCAUGGGAGGAAGGUCCACAGUUUAGGCAGGCUUGUCCCUGCCAUUGAGGGACUUAUUGCUGGUAGAGGACUAAGUCCUCUGAUCGCGUGUUCGGUAGACACCGGUGAUCGGGGACUUUUGUCCGCGUUUGUGGAGCGGUGGCACCAGGAGACGUCUAGUUUCCAUCUCCCGGUGGGAGAGCUCACCAUCACGCUGGAUGACGUCUCCUUGCUUCUCCAUCUGCCCGUGAUUGGAGACUUACACGCCUUUCAGCCCUUGCACGUAGACGAUGCGGUUCAGAUGUUGGUCGACUUGUUGAUGGUCUCAACAGAGUCUGCCAGGGUUGAGACAACCCAGUGUCGUGGACCGUACGUACGCCUACAAUGGAGUGCAACCAAUGUGCAUGUUGUCUACUUGGAGGCCCUUCGUGAUCUCAAUAUAACAGAGAGGUACGCUUGGGGAGUGGCUGCUCUGAUUUAUAUGUAUGACCAGCUGAACGAUACAUCUUUGAGCCACAGUCGACAGCUUGGCGGUUACAUCACACUGCUGCAGUGCUGGAUUUACGAGCACUUUCCCUCGUUCGCGGAGUCCACCGCUGAUCAGGACUACGACGAGGCUUCCCCGCGUGCGUGCAGAUCAUGCUAUUCCGGUCUCUUGCGCUGGGGGCCUAUUGCUGUUUAUUACCGAUCGGAGAGGGUCGUGCGGCAGUUUGGCUACACGAAGACCAUUCCUGCUCCUCCUGUCGAUUCAUGGGUCUCGUAUGAUGAUAUACACGAUAGGUGGAUGCACUACGAGGAUCAUAUCGUACCAGCAGGUGAGGUGUGCGUUAUGCUAGGGGCGUGUUCCAGUGACUACAUGGACUGGUUCCACAUCUCUCAUCCUUUCAUGACACCAGGCCACGCAUUAGAUCCUCUGCCUCAUGGUCACGCCCCGCAGCCCCGAGUCGUCCCUCAGGCCUCGCAGACGGAUAUCCCUCAUGUGCCAGAGGCAAGAGCAUCGUCCACAUCUGCGGAGGAGCCUAGACAUGCAGUGGAAGUUUGUGAUGACAUUGUUGAGAGGUUGGAGCGCCAUCUGAGUCUAGGGGUGGUCACGCCUGGCUCAUCGACACAUGAGGUGAUCGAAGAAUGCCUCAGAUUGGUCAGGAGUGUGACACAGGACCAUCUAGUAUACUCUAGGUGUAGACGCAGGCGGCGCACUGAUCAGGCGUAG